GGGUGUUGCUGUAUCUCGUUGGUUGAGGUUUAGUGCCGGGACGUUGUUGCACAGAGACUCAGCCACGGCCACAAAGCGAAAGAGUCCUGGACACAAGUUUCAUGUCAGGGCUGAGAUGUUUCGGCGUCUGACCCUGGGGCUGGCGGUUACUGGAGCUACAUCACGGACACACGUGUGCCUCUCCCACCCUCAGCUCAGCGGCGUUGCGCCUCUGUUUAUUUUGGGAGUGAAGCAAUCUCCAUCCCAUCUGCAUUUGCCAUUCCGCUCUUCAGAAGGCGAGGAGGUGGAACACGAGGUUGGUGGGGGACGCAGAAGUCAUGUCUCGCCAAGUCCUUGACUCCAGCACUGGAGGCGUCUACACGGACACGCUCGGCUUUGUUGCUAUGGAUUCCAAUGUUCCGGGACUCUCCAAGGUCAUCCUUCAGAAAUUAAAUAUGCAAAACUACAGCGACUACAGGGCGGCGUUGGAGGGAAGGAAAUCGGCCACAGAUUUUGGUUUCCGUACUUACCAGGAGAUGUUUCAGAGGAUGGAGGAUACCUACAAGUUCUGUGCAGAGUGCAAGAAGCUUCCGGAAGCUCUACUGGGCCAAAGAGGUCUUCAACGUUGCAAAAGGUGCCAGAAUGUCUACUACUGUGGGAAGGAAUGUCAACGAUUGAGCUGGCCCCUGCACAAGAAGUUCUGCAAGAAACUAAAAUGGGCUGCGGUGGACAGGCUGUUGGAGUGGCUGGUGUUCACAGAUGACAUCCCCUUCGCCACCAAAGACUGGACGAAGGCUGUGGCUGAGGUGAAAGGCUGGGAUGACUGGUUCUUGAUGCAGGAGGACCUCGAUGCCAAGUUGAUGUCUGUUUUGAGCUGCAAGCACAUGGACAUCCUGUGGGCGAAUGCUGGGAAACUCAAGCCUGGACACGACGAGCUCUUGGAAUCCAUCAAACGGGUGACCUCUGACUUCCAAGCCAGGCCGGUGACCAUUGGAUUUGCUCUUCGCAGCUUUGGCAUCGACCCGUUAGAAAAGCCCCUCACCAUCCACGUCAUUGGCGCCUCUCAUACGGAGACCCUCAACGCCCGGUCUACAGACUACGACGAGCUUGCUCACAUGUUCCCCAACAACGAGGGCAUGGAGGUGGUCAUGAUUGGGCCUGAGGUGGUGCAAGGUCCCAAUAUCAAGCCUCCCUUGCAGACGUUUGCGGGCAGGAGACGGGUGUACCUGAGUGGAUGGAAGGGUCUGUACCACGUGUACUGGGAGACCAUGGUGGAGUCAGAGCGAGCUGCCCGUCCACACUUGGUGAUAGGAUUUCACCCAGGGUUCCACGCAUCGCAAGGCUUGACGGAAGGCUGGCUGCCAACCCUCCUGCUGCUCAGAGACUACAAGAUCCCAGCUGCCUUCACUAUGUACAGUGACCAGGAGUUGAAAUAUUCCCUGCAGAUCCUGCACGAACUGGAAACCAGGAUCAUCAGCUACGGGACAAAUCCUUUUGCCUCGUUGAAGCUGGAGCAGGUGCAGUCCAAUCCCAACAAGCAGCUGGUCAGCAGCAACGCCACUUACCUGAUGUUCCAUGGAAUCACAGAGUCUGCGGAGGGGAUGGCCACCGAGGACCAUGGUCAAGAGGACGGUCUUUGAGCACAGUCUGGGUUACCAGCAAUGCGGACGGCAACAGAGCUGUCUGUAGCUGUGAGAAACCAACCUGUUGUAUUUGAUGAACU